AACAGGACCCAAGUUUUUCGAACGUGGAAGAUGUCGACCCGAGUAUUAAGGUCGCGUCAUGGACGUGCUUUGGACGUCGUACAGCGCCCCAUAACACUGAACAGUGUAGAGGAUGUUAUCGCAAGUCUCAAGGACCCAAAAGGAGCGUCUGCCAUCGCUAUCCAGAGAAGUAUCCAGUCUGAACACCCAGACAUGAAGGCAGAGCAGUGCAAGGCACUACUGAGGGCCGUGUUGCUGGAAGGGCUAGACAGUGGACGGCUUCGCCGACCGCCUGGCUCGAAAGUCGGCCGUGGCCUGGUCGGACGAUUUCUGCUCAAAGCAACCGACGGAACGUCUGCGGAAACAUUGCCCGCUGUACCGGAGACUCAGGACGGAACGUCUGCGGAAAAGGUACCGGCUGUACCGGAGACUCAGGACAGAACGUCUGCGGAAACGUUGCCCGCUGUGCCAGAGACUCAGGACGGAACGUCUGCGGAAAAGGUACCGGCUGUACCGGAGACUCAGGACAGAACGUCUGUGGAAACGUUGCCCGCUGUGCCAGAGACUCAGGACGGAACGUCUGCGGAAAAGGUACCGGCUGUACCGGAGACUCAGGACAGAACGUCUGCGGAAACGUUGCCCGCUGUGCCGGAGACUCAGGACGAAAUGUCUGUGGAAAAGUUGCCCGCUGUACCAGAGACUCAAGAUGAUGGACAUGAUGGUGACACAGUAGAGGAGGAGGAGGACCCACCAGUGGCGGCGGGAAAUCUGACGUUUGACCUAGAAGAGCCUUGCACCCUGGCCGCCUAUGUACAGUGGGUACAGGAGAAGAGGGAAAGGCUCAUGGGACAGUGUCAGGAGGCAGAGGGAUACCUGAACUACCGGAACCUCCCUGCACAUGCUCUUGAACAAGUCCGCAUAGCCGUUGGCAGGUCAAGGCUGAUCACAAGUAACUCGACAUCCCCGCUGGCCAGUUGGCUGGGUGCCACCUCCUCUGAGCAGCUCUGGGACUCCAUCCGCCAGGGGAACUUACCAUCAGUGCGGAGACUGGCCCGGUCUCGGCUGGUCGACUUGAACAAACCGUUUCCGCUGCACCAGGGAGAGACAGAGGACUGUGGGAGGGAGGAACUGCACAAUCCAACCUUCCUACUGUGGGCAUGUAGGACAGCUGAUGUGGAGACUGUGGAGGUGCUGGUUGCAGCAGGUGCCGAUGUGGACAGGUGUGGUUAUGUCCCAGCUUUGCGAGGAGCAGACUGGCAGUGCUCCGUGUGGGAUGCAGAGAAACACUCCCACACCCCGCUCACGUACGCCACAGUGCAGAGAAACCUCCAGCUCGUGAGAACACUGCUCCUGUCGUGCCACGCCGAUCCCAACGCUACAAACAUACAACACAGGGCACCGCUACACUUUGCUGCACGUUUGGAAGUACCCAAAACUACUGACAAGAACAACAGCGACAGUGAAAAAACAAGGGAAGAAAUUGUCAACAUGCUCUUAAAAGCAGGAGCGAAGGCUGACUUAACUGAUAGACAUGGUAUCACUCCUCUACAUGUGGCCGCUGAAAAAGUGGAUAAAACUGUCUGCAAGGCUCUUCUACAACCUGAAUACAGCCGAUUCACCAACGUCAAUGCUGUUACUAAGGAUGGCAGGACUCCGUUGCACUGUAUGUUUCAGUAUGGAGUACAGACCUACGAUGACCAGAUAGCAGCGAUCGCAAAGAUGUUACUCAAGCGAGGUGCAUCUCUACAUGUAGUUACACGUGGCUAUACUCCACUUCAUCUAGCUGCAGAGAACGGUCUCCUGAAGUCAGCACGAGUUUUGGUGCAGGCUGGAGCAGACAUCCAGGCCACAACUACGCGAGGUCUCUCCCCCUUGGAUCUGGCGUAUCGCGGGAACCACUGGAAACUUGUAAAGUACUUCCGCAGAUGUGUGGAUGCUUCUAAGUCUGAUACAAACAAUAAUUGUAACUCUACAAUUCCCAAAAGUCCUACUGAACAACCCACUCCUGUCUCAAUCCUGAAGACUCGCUGUCUGGAGAAAGACAAAAAGAAGAUUUCGGUCCUGAUGGCUAAAAUGGACGACUUUCUUAUUCAGGUUUCUUCAGAAGAGACCAGAGAGAACCUGUUGUCCAGGGUUGAGGACUGGCUUCAACCCAAAGACAUUAAAGGACAGGACAAAAUGAAGGAGGUUUUGUUUGGGAGUCUCCAAAAGUAUCAGGAAAAUAACAAGCAAGUUAGGAAGAAGAAAAAAGUCACAUUUAAGCUCUAA